AUGUCCCGGAGGACGUUGGGUGGAGGUCGUGUUCUAGGCACCCCGACCGCGCUUUCAUCAGCCCCGUCCCCGUCCCCGCAGCCGAAGCCGAAGCCAAGAGUGCUCUCGCCAACCGCCAGCAGCGUGUCCCUCAGCUCCCAGACGUCCAUCUCGCAGUUCUCAACAGAAACUCAAGAUCUUACUUCACGCAUAUCUGUCGAAAAUGGUGACACUUCUAUAUCUGCGGCGCCGGCGGCUCCCGGAGCUCAGCUCUCAUGCCCGAUCUGCAGUGAGGAGAUGGUUACUCUCCUCCAGCUUAACAGACACCUCGACGACCUCCAUCAGAAUCUGGAAGAUGACCGACAAGACGAGGUGAAGGAUUGGUUCAAGGUGCAGAUGGAGAAGGCGAGGAAGUUCCAGCCUCUAGCUGUGCUGAAUCAAAAAUUGAAGGGUCUGGAUGUCUUCGAGUCGAAUGAAAACCAAACGGCUCCAAUCGUCGGCCGGCCUCUAGCCUCGUCAACCCACGCAGGACCGUCCGAUAAUACACCUAAACUUGUCGAUCCGGAAGACCUCAUUACAAAGGAGCACUGGCAAGUCGGUUAUAUUUAUGACACCUGUCUGGAGCCGUCAUGCGGCAAACGCCUGAACGGCACCAACGGCUGCGUCAAUUGUCGGAAAUGCGGCAAGCUAUUUUGCGAUGAACAUACCAUGUAUCAAAUGAAGCUAUCUCGGUCGGCUCAACCUGAACCAGUGAGAGGCAUCUGGGCUCGGGUGUGCGAAACUUGUUACAAGUCAAGGGAGGGCUAUAAUGACCAUAAUGGCGCAAUAAGGGACCAUACGCAAACGUUCAAAAACAUCAGGAAACAGACGGUGGACAAGGCUUUCCUGGAGGUUUCCCGACUCGAGAAACGUUUGACUCGGCUCACCCAGCUGCUUGCUGGUCUGCCACCUGAUCAGAUACAGUCCAGUACGACCAAAUUAUUCCCCAUGCCCUGGCAGAGUGAUCAGCGAAAAGCUCUAGAGCAGACCAUUGUCAGCUGGCAAGACGAUGCCAGUGUUACCAGGUGUCCUUUCUGUCAGCAGGACUUCUCGGGCUACUCUUUUCGGAGGCAUCAUUGCAGAACUUGCGGGCAGGUCGUCUGUGGUGAUCCUAGUACGGGCUGUUCAAGCGAGGUCGGGCUAAGUAUCGCACCUUUGUCGAAAACGUCGGAAAAAGCCACAGCGGAUCGCAUGAUCAAUAUAGAUGUUCGACUUUGCAAGGAUUGCAAGUCAACAUUAUUUGACCGACGUGACUUCCAAGCAGAUAUUUCAAAGAAGCCCCCAGAGGUUAGAGCAUAUGAAAACCUGGUUCAGUUUGAAAGAGGCAUCCGUCUCCAUCUACCAAGAUUCCAAAAACUCCUUGCUGCAUUACAGGACCCGAGAAGACCACCAACUUCAGCACAGAUUGCAGAUGCGUCUAAGGUCCGCAAGCGACUUAUCGACUCAUUCUCAAAGUACGAUGUUGCAGCUAGACGUAUCCGCGAUUUACCCACCAAUUCCCCCACUCAACAACGCUUACAGAAAGCGAUAUAUCAGCAAGCCAGCGCUUUCCUUCAUCUUCAUAUGUUACCUUUGAAAUCUCUCCCUAAGGUCCUCAAACACGCAUCUCCAUCGAGAGACCCUGUACCCAAUCGCACUUCCUCCCCGAGCACCCGAGUCAAUGGGUCACCAGCCCCCAAACCACAGGAGUCUGCGCUCGCAUCCAUUGCUUUUAACAAGCGCCUUGCCACCAACGGUAGCACCGCCAGUCUCGCCAGCGAUACAAGCAGCGCCGUCUCCGCCCUUGAAGCGGAAGAGAAAUCCCUAAGAGAGCGCCUCAUCGUGCUAGAGGAGCAGAAAUUUUUCGUGUCCGAAAUGAUCGCAGACGCCAACCGUCGACGCAAAUUCGACGAAGUGAGCAGUCUUGCUGUGAAUGUGGAAGACCUGAGUUGCGAGAUUGACCGUGUCAACGGCAUGCUUGCCAGUCUGGACUUUGAAGGUGUCUAUACGGGUGGCAACAACCUGCAGGUUAGCGGAUGA